AUGGCGGACAAACGCAACGACGACAUGGCCGAGCGUAAGGCGAGCAUCGACAGCGACUUGAAGGUGGUCGAAGCCAAGGAAUAUGAGGGCAUCAACCUCGAUAUGGCACAGAUUAUGGACGGCCCGGACAAGCCAAACCCGUUCGGACCUGGCUACCUGAAGUUGUAUGCUCUGGUCGCGCUUCUGAUCAUGAAUUCAACAAUGAACGGUUUCGACACCUCAGUCAUGUCGUCCAUCAACGCCCUCCCGAAUUACGUCGAGUACUACGGCCUACCAAGCAAGGGAGCCGCGUCAACGGGUAUCGUGUUCGCUAUCUGGCAAAUUGGUCAAAUGGUUGGAUCCCUAUUCACGUGGCUGGCAGAUUGGCGAGGCCGCAAGUUCAUGAUCACAUUCGGUGUGCUGGGCGUCAUGAUUGGUACUGUCAUCACAGCAACGGCUCCAACCCUCGGAGCCUUCAUUGGCGGCCGAUUCAUCUUGUCUUUCUUCGCUACACUGGCACAUCUCGGAGCUGUGAUCUAUGUGGUUGAGAUGGCUCCCACGCGGUACCGAGGCACCGUGGCCGGGCUGUACAACACAUUCUACUAUUUCGGCUCGAUUCUGGCCACAUCGGCUGUGUAUGGAGCCCACCUUCAUCUGUCCGACCGAGGCAACCUGGAUUGGCGCCUACCACUUUGGCUGCAAAUGGUUUGCCCUGGCCUCGUCGCUUGCGGCAUCUGGUUUUACCCAGAGUCGCCCCGAUGGCUCCUCAUGAAAGAUCGGACUGAAGACGCUCAACGUGUUCUCACACGCUACCACGCCAACGACGUUCCUAAUCAUCCGCUCGUAGAGCUUGAGGUCCGCGAGAUAGUUGCCUCGCUUCGCGAUGAGCCACCCGUCACGGAAUGGAAGACAUUCUUCGACCUGCGUCAGCUCGUCAAGACCCGUGGUCGACGGUACCGUCUCGCCCUCAAUGUCACCUUUGCCUGGUUCUCACAAUUCUCCGGCAACAACGUGAUAUCAUACUACUUGCCGUCCCUGCUGAAGAACGUUGGCAUCACCUCGACGAACCUGAAGCUCCUCUUGAACAUCAUUUAUGCUAUCGUUGGCUGGAUCUUCUCGACCGCAGGUGCCAACUGCCACGAUCGCAUUGGACGCCGCAAGAUGUUUCUGAUCUCUACCAUGGGAAUGGUCAUCUGUCUGGCCAUAACUGCCGGCACAGCAGCAGAUUUCGACAAUACAGGGAACAAGAGUUCUAGCAGUGCGAGUAUUGCUUUCAUCUACGUGUUUGGCGCCGUCUUCAGCUUCGCCUAUACGAGCAUGCAGCCUAUCUAUCCGACAGAGAUUAUCAGCAACGAUGCCCGAGCAAAGGGUGUGAUGUGCUACAAGCUCACUGGAGGCGCUUCCGGUUUUCUCAAUACCUUCGUGACGCCAAUCGCACUGGAAAACAUCCGCUUCUGGUUCUACGUAUUCUUCGUCUUCUGGGACUUGUUCGAGUUCGUGGUGAUCUACUUCUUUUUCGUUGAGACGAAAGGUAUCAGUCUGGAAGAGCUUGACGAGAUAUUCGAGGCGCCGAAUCCUAGGAAGGCCAGCACCGCGGUGAAGCGGAUGCAGAAGCGUGUCGUGGUUGACGCAGAUGGCGAGGUCAGGGAGGAGGAGAUCAAGCAUGCUUGA